GCAGCUUCGCCCCGGCACCCGCAAACUGCGCGGGGCUCCCCGCUUCAUCCUUCUGCAGCCCGCGGGCCCCGCUGCACGAACACAUUCUUCUCAGCCUGGAAGUGCUAGCCUCCUGUAGCCAGUGGGAGCUGAAGCACACCGCAGUGACAUGCCCUGCCCAGGCUCGUGCAGGAAGUCUGUAGCGGAGUAGGGUUUACUUUGUCCAUCCCGGAAAUGUCACUGUUGUAACGGCUGCUCUUUGGAAUUUAUUGCACUCGAUUAGGGACCGUUUCUCAGAAUCAAGGAGUUAGAAGUGAGAUUUGAGAUAAGUGAGAUCCAUUCGGUGCUGCUUUCCACGCCUCCGAAGGGGAAAUGGAGUUAUCAGGAAUGAAAAAGAAGAGUUUGCUAGGAUUCAAAGAGAAUAAUAAAAAAUCCAGCACUAGGGCUCCCUCUCCAACCAAGCGCAAAGAUCGGACUGAGGACAAAUCAAAGGACAGGUCCAAGGAUAAGGCAGCCACCAAGGAAUCAAGUGAAAAGGAUCGUGGUCGAGAUAAAACACGCAAAAGGCGUAGUGCUUCCAGUGGUAGCAGCAGUACCAGGUCCCGCUCCAGUUCCACUUCCAGUUCAGGGUCUAGUUCAAGCACAGGCUCCAGCAGUGGUUCCAGUUCUUCUUCUGCAUCAAGCCGCUCUGGAAGCUCCAGCACCUCUCGCAGCUCCAGUUCCAGCAGCUCCUCCGGAUCCCCUAGCCCAUCCCGACGUCGACAUGACAACCGGAGACGUUCCCGCUCCAAGUCAAAGCCACCUAAGCGGGAUGAAAAGGAGCGGAAGAGACGAAGUCCUUCACCCAGACCUACCAAAGUGCAUGUUGGGAGACUCACCAGGAAUGUGACUAAGGAUCACAUCAUGGAAAUAUUUUCCACUUAUGGGAAGAUUAAAAUGAUAGACAUGCCGCCUGACAGGCUGAAUCCCCAUCUCUCUAAGGGCUAUGCCUACGUGGAGUUUGAAAAUCCUGAUGAUGCUGAGAAAGCACUAAAGCACAUGGAUGGAGGGCAGAUCGAUGGCCAGGAAAUCACUGCCACUGCUGUAUUGGCACCUCGGCCUAGACCACUCCCCAGACGCUUCACCCCACCAAGGAGAAUGCUGCCACCACCACCAAUGUGGCGUCGGUCCCCACCUCGCAUGAGAAGAAGGUCUCGAUCUCCAAGACGCAGAUCUCCUGUUCGCAGGCGAUCAAGAUCCAGAUCUCCAGGUCGAAGACGCCAUCGCAGCCGCUCCAGCUCAAACUCUUCACGAUAAAGCAAAAAGACUGGACACCUUUUUAUUUUUUAACUUAAAUCUCAUCAAACUCAAUAUUGUACCAUUUUUUUUAUACUGGGUUGGGGAGGGGGUAUAAAGAGCAAAAUCUGAAACCUGUCAGUGCAGGCAAGCAAAGAGGAAAGGGUGCUGUUCUUGGCCAGUAGGCAGUCUGCCUUGGGGUACUGAAUUGAAAUGCUUUACAAGUGGCUUUGGUUUGAAGGCUGCAAACUAAGUAUAGUUUCCAUAUGAACUAACAGAAGGAAAGAUGAUGCACAUCUGUUCCUCUACGCAGCCAACUGCUACUUUAUAACUUCCAAAUGUUUAGCAUGCCAUGCAGCCAAAACCAAAAGAGUCUGGUCUAUUCUGGAGAGCCUAAAGGGGAGUUUAUAUCCAUCCCAAGGUACCUGUGCAUAUCUUCAAAGCAGCUGGUGGCCAGAGACAGAAACCUGCCUUAGAGUCCUCAUUCUGCCCUAGGUUUUGAAUAAGGAGCUCAUGAGUUCCUGCGGAGAGGCAGGGUGAUUGAUGCAGCUAAACUUGAUGCAUAUACCUGUUUAAAAAUGAAACAAGCCAGUGGAGGUGAUUGUUUCUGGACAGCCCACUAAAUAUGUCAGAACCAGGGCAAGAAUCCAAGGACUCAUUUGCAGUUGCCCACCCUCAGUGAUCCCCUUUGUCACUCCUGAGGAGUUUUGAUACAGGUGUCGCACACAGCCCCCCCAGCCACAUGAUGUAAAUGCUUCUGCCUUUUAAAGAGAACACAUAUUGACAGCUAAGUACCAGCCCUCCUAAUCCCAUCCCAGUGAGCUCCCAGUGAGGGAGGUUUGAGACUAUAAAGCUGUUUAGGUUAACUUGGCUUCUUAACGCAAAACAUGAGCGACUUAUUGCCUGUUGUACAGUCAAUACUAUACAGGUUUGUUUGUUUUGGGUUUUGGUUUUGGUUGGGGGGUUUUUUUUGUAUACUGUUGUAGCUUCUUAGGUCAUGUUGUGUUUGUUACUUGUGUAGAAUGAAUAAAGCAUUAGGGACUGGAA